AUGCCGAGGGACGUGUCCGAGUCGGCCCCGUCGUACUUUUCGUCGCCGGCCGUCGACCAUGCGGUCGCUGGCGUGGUGGCCGGGACUAUAUCGACCCUGUGCAUGAAUCCACUGGACCUCGUCAAGACGCGCUUCCAGGUGAACCAGUCGUCGUUCACGGCGGAUGUGGCGGAGCGCUCCAUGUUCUACCAGCGCGUGGCGCGGCGGCCAUGGCUGUUCUACCUCAUGGGCGGCAAGCCGGGCGUGGACAUUGUGGAUGCGCUGCGCGGCAUUGCCGAGGAGAGUGGGUGGCGUGGCCUGUACCGCGGCGUGAUCCCCAACGUGGUUGGCAAUGCUUCUAGCUGGGGCCUCUACUUUCUGUGGUACACGAUGAUCAAGGACUCCAUGACGCAGCGCUAUAGCCGCAUGGACGUGCCGCGCCGCCUCUCGGCGGGCGAGCACCUGCUCGCGGCGACGGGGAGCGGCGUCAUUACCGCCAUCAUGACGAACCCGCUCUGGGUGGUCAAGACGCGCAUGUUCACCACGUCCAUGACGCCGCCGAGCGUGGUGCGUCCCGGUGCCGGCGGCACGAUCGGCACGGUCGGCGAGCCGUGGCGUGCGGGCACGCGCCCGGCGCCGCCGAUCGCCUACCGCGGCCUCUGGCACGGGCUCACGCACACCCUGCAGACGGAGGGCAUCGCCGGCCUGUAUCGGGGCGUGGGGCUCGCGAUCAUCGGCGUGUCGAACGGGGCGAUCCAGUUCAUGGCGUACGAGCAGCUGAAGCAGUGGCGCACGGCGUCGAUGCUGCAGCGGCAGACGGGCCAGCGCACGUUUUCCGAGGGCCAGCUGGACGGCGUCAAGCUGAGCAACACCGAAUAUACCAUCCUCUCGGGCGCGGCCAAGCUCUUUGCCAUCACGCUCACGUACCCGUACCAGGUGGUGCGCUCGCGCGUGCAGAACCACGCGACUGCGCAUCUGUAUCCCACGACGUGGGCGGGCCGCGUGCGUUCUACCGCGGCUUUAUGA